GAGUGCGACUGUGGCUGCGUCGAGAGUGCUACGGUCGUUGUAACAACUGGAACCGCCACUUUCCUCGCCAGUGCCAACACCGGUAGCAACAAUAACAACACCAACAGCAGCAAGACCUCCGUCAGCGGCGGCAGUUCCGUUGUAGUGGCUGCUUCCUCGGGGGCUAUGGGCGCCCCAUCCAACGGCUCCAAGACGGCACAUUCAAAGGUUGCAACCGGAGGAGGUCAUGCCAACACGCAGACCUCCAGCAAACGCUCGAGCAGCGGGGCCGAUGGGGACUAUCAGCUGGUGCAGCACGAGGUGCUGUACUCGCUGUGCGCACAGUACGAGGUGUUAGAGUUUCUUGGCCGGGGCACGUUCGGCCAGGUGGUAAAAUGCUGGAAAAAGGGCACAAGCGACAUCGUCGCCAUCAAGAUCCUCAAGAACCACCCGUCCUACGCGCGGCAGGGUCAGAUCGAGGUGUCGAUCCUGUCCCGGCUCAGUCAGGAGAAUGCCGACGAGUUCAACUUUGUCCGGGCGCUGGAGUGCUUCCAGCACAAAAAUCACACCUGCCUGGUGUUCGAGAUGCUGGAGCAGAACCUGUACGACUUCCUGAAGCAGAACAAAUUCUCCCCGUUGCCUCUGAAGUACAUCAGGCCGAUCCUGCAACAGGUUUUAACGGCGCUGUUAAAAUUGAAACAACUCGGCUUAAUUCACGCUGAUCUGAAGCCCGAAAACAUCAUGCUGGUCGACCCGGUUAGGCAACCGUAUAGGGUAAAGGUGAUCGAUUUUGGUUCGGCAUCUCACGUCAGCAAAACGGUGUGCAACACGUACCUGCAGUCGCGCUACUACCGGGCGCCGGAGAUCAUCCUCGGGUUGCCGUUCUGCGAAGCCAUCGACAUGUGGUCGCUGGGGUGUGUCGUGGCGGAGCUGUUUCUCGGGUGGCCUCUGUAUCCGGGCUCGUCAGAAUACGAUCAAAUAAGGUAUAUUUCGCAGACGCAGGGUCUCCCUACAGAGCACAUGCUGAACAGUGCCAGUAAAACGGCCAAAUUCUUCUACCGAGAUGUCGAUUCCACUUAUCCCUUCUGGAGGUUGAAGACACCGGAGGAGCACGAGGCGGAAACCAACAACAAAAGCAAAGAGGCUCGAAAGUACAUCUUCAACUGUCUGGACGAUAUCGGACAGGUGAACGUGCCAACCGAUAUCGAAGGUGGCCAGCUGCUGGCGGAAAAGACUGACCGGCGGGAGUUCAUCGAUCUGCUGAAGCGCAUGUUAACGAUCGACCAGGAACGGAGGAUCACACCGGGUGAAGCACUGAACCAUCCCUUCACGACGUUGGCUCAUCUGGUGGACUAUGCCCACUGCAACAACGUCAAAGCGUCCGUCCAAAUGAUGGAGGUGUGCCGCAGGACGGACUCAAUGAUUCACACUUAUAAUUUAAGCGUUCAACCAACGACGGCCACUUUGGUGACAAACUUCGUUCCAAACGCCACCGAGAACAUGACCAUCACGUUCAACAACCAGGUUCAAAGAAUCGUGCGGGAGCGUGGUCCCACAUACGACAACCAUCUGUACCAGAUCUAUCGGGGCCGAAAUGUCGGUGGCCAGUACAGUAACGGUCGGCCGGAUGCCUUCCAGCAUCAGUUGGUGUCCAGCAUCCUGUGCCCACCAGGGUACCAAACGAUGCCCAGCCCUACGAAGCACGUCGUUGUCGGAGGCACCACGAUGCAGCCGCCACUGCAGGUCCCACCGCAGCAGUAUGUUAAUGUUCCUGUUCCUGUGUCUAUGGUCGAACCGUCUUCGGGCCAGCGGAUGUUGCUGACCAAUGCGGUUCAACCGAAUGUUGCCUGGCCGCAGAGUGGUCGCCAGGUGGCAAUUGUGCCAUCGUGGUCACAGCAAACCGGACCGCACUCGCUAAUAGUCGACUCGGCGCCAUUUCUCAAUGUGGAGGAAAUCUACCCGAAGCCGCAUCUCAACAUCCAGACGCGGCAUCCCGAACCGAAGAAGGAAUCACCGGUACAUCAUUUGGUCGUCUCCCGUCACGACAAGAAGGAGAACAAUCAACUGUCGCCGGUGAAGAAGCGCGUCAAGGAGAACACCCCUCCCCACCAGCAGCGGUACAACAGCAAUCGGAACAACCACAUGUGCCAGCAGUACCACGAUGCUGGAGGAUCAUCCUCCUCGUCGUCAUUCUAUCACGGCAGCAGCAGCAGUAGCAAUCAGCUGCAAAUACCACAGCAGCAGAUUCCGCCCCAGCAGCACCACCACCACUCAUCCUCCUCGUCAUCGUCGCAGCAGCAGCAACAGCAGGCGCAGUCCCAACUGCAACAGGCCAGCAGCAGCGGUAGCAGUGGAAAUCACCACCACCAUCAUCACUAUCAGCAGAUCGACUCCGGAUCGAUGGGUGGUGGCAGUGGAAGCGGCUUGAGCGGAUCGAACAAUGUACAAAUUCACCAUUCGUCUUCGUCGUACGGAGGCAAUGGCAGCAGUAGCGGCAUGAUGAUGAGCAGUGGCAGCAUACAUCAUGGAUCGAGCAGCGGUCACCACCACAAUGGCGGCAGCGGAAGUCACAUACACCAUAGUCACAGCAGUCAUCAUAGCAAACAGCAAACGAUCACAAUUCACGAUACUCCUUCUCCCACGGCAGUGAUCACCAUCUCGGAUAGUGAGGAUGAGACUACGGAAGUUAAGCAGUCCACAAGCAGUUCCAAAUCGCAGCAGCACCAGUCUACCAGUAUGUGCGGUCCAAGCUCCAGCCAGCAGCACAUGCGAGGACAUCCGUCGACGAGUAGCAGUUCCUCAUCCACCAACCAGUGCCGUGGAAAUAUGGGCAUGAGUGGUAUGGGUGGAAGUAGCAGCAGCAAUUGUGGCAUCAAGCCAUCUUCUUCCUCGUCCAAUAUCCAUCAUUCGUCGUCGUCUUCUUCGUUGGCAGCUUUACAUCAACAGCCUCCGCCACCAAGUGGUGGCAGCUCCCACCAUCAUCCGCAUUAUCACUUGCAGCAGGUCCCACAGCCACACAUGCACCAACAACCGCCACAACAGUCGCAGCAUCACCCGAGUGUGAUUAGCAGUGGAAGUCAGGCUGGAAGCAGCAGCAUGUGCGGCGGAGCAGGAAGCAGCAGUCAGUCGGGAUCCGGCCGGCAGCGCAAGAGCACAGCGGUGGCGUCCACUUCGACAGCAUGUGUUACCGUUGGAGACAGCGAUGGGGAGAACGAUCGACGUAAUACUCCCAAACAUCAGACCAUAAAAUACGAGCACCACGCUGGUCAGUCACAGAAGAAGCGUUUGCUUGCGAUGGCGCAAAACGAAUGCCUCCUAUCAUCGUCUACGAAUCAGUUGCACGUGCCGAAGCAGGAACCUACGGAGUUCGUUGCGUACGAGUAUCCCCAGGUGGACAAACGGUCGUCGUGGGCUCCGCCGGGUUCUUCGUCGCACUACGGAGGAGGUCACCAGAGCGGCAGCAGCAGUGGCCACAAGCGGGAAUCGUCCGCCUAUAUGCCAUCGUCGUCGUCCUCGUCUUCGUCGAUCAAUCAGGGAAGCAGCAGCAUGGGUGGCGGACCCAUGGGUAGUGGCCCAUCGUUGGGAGCGGCACCUCCGCAUGCUCAUGCCAAGAACACUCCAACCGGCGGAAGUGGCUCGUCGUGGGGAGCGCCUGUCUAUCGCCAGCAUCAACAGAGCUCCAACACACCGCUAGGAAGCUCUCCGGGAGCGAUGCUGCAGCAGCAGGACAUCUACGCGCAGGGAGACAUCUACCGGCGAUCGGCGGUAUUUGUGUCGCAGGCACCAUACCAGACAUACAAUCGGGUAGUGCCACCGCCGGCGCACAAUGCUUCCAGUAGACAGGUUCUUCCGACGCAUCCGCUGCCGGCGCACAUUCAAUUCCCGACGCAGUACAGCCAGUUCGCACCCCUCAGUCCGGCCCAGAUCGCGAACAAACACUUUUGGUUCAACGAGUAGAUCGACGCGGUUGGACAGUCCGGUGAUCGCUGGGAUCGCCUUUUUUAAUAGUCGCAAGUAGAUGAUGGGUAUGGUUUUGUAAAUUUCCCCAUGUUUUUGUUUUGGGUCUGAAUAUGAGACGGACCAAGUUUGCCUUUCUUUUUUUUUAAUAAUUAUCAUGUCUCAAUGAAUUGCCUUAUCGGAAAUGUAUACACAAACAAAUGCUUUAUUUAGAAGAGUAUGUCUUACCAUUGUCGUUAGGAUUUAUUUGUAUGUUUUUUCCCUCUUCGCUUGCGUACAAAUAUAAUUAGUAAUGGAUCAUGAUUAGGAAAAGAGUAUAGCGAGGGCAUAGGUAGAUGUUUAGUUUGGUGAAAUUUGCAGUUACAAAGUAUAGUUUUUGGUUACUUCUAAGGAAAAAGAAAUUCACGGUUUACGCAAUACAGUUUAUAAUCCACCUCAUGCAUAUAUUCUCAUACUAAUACAACAAAUUACAUAGAUAGGUCGGACAAUUCGAUCCGCGCAUACGCUAGCGAACGGGAAAUGGGAAUGUUUUUGUCUUACAAUGUAUCAACUCAGAAUUAGCGUUCAACGGUAGCAGAGGAUGGAGUUGGGGUCCCAGCUUUUGGGAAAUUUAGUGAGAAGGGAAGACUUUUUAGGCAAGCUUAGGAACGAGAGUUCAAGGGAGGGCAAAAUAUGUGCUUGUGAUUAUUUUAUCUACUACCCUAGAUAUAGUCGAAAGAUAGUCGUUUAAUGUUUCUAAUCUUUUUUUUCGCUUUACCAUAGGCAUGAGAAUCAGUGUAAACAAAUUAUAAUACCUAAUCAGACGAACGCAGAACAGCAUACAAAAUACAUGAAAUCUUACACAGAAGUAAUAGACGCAUGGACAGUGGAAGUAAAAUAUAUUCAAUAUUCUACAUUUAAAGAUCUCACACAUUAAUCCUAUCUGAGUGCGUCCCACCACAUAUAAUGUUUUGAUUUUAAGUUAAAAAGCUAAAAUAAUCGUCGCCGUGUUUACUAUCUAUCUACUUAUAUUUAAAAAGAAGCUACCUUUCGAAAAGUUGAUGAAAAAACUAUACAUAGGGCGAGGUGUUUCGUUUUUCGUGCGAGCAAUGUUCGUAUUUUAAUCUUUGAUAAUGGCCCACUUGUAGAUUGGAAGAGGACAAAGCUGAAGAACAAAAAAAACAUAACGCGAGAGUGUGAUUAGGUCUUGUUUCUGUACAUAGUUAGUAUUUUCUGCGGUAGUGUUAUCCAGAUGUUAGAGUCAGGAGGUGUGUACACAUAAUAUGAACCGAGGUGGAACUAUUGAAAACAAUAAUAUAUUUUUGUGCAUAUUUUAUAUUUAUAGUUAUGAAGAACACAUACACACACAAACACUCAUAGUAGUUGGAACUGAGAGGAAAGUAACAGUGAGGAAUAAUUCGUAAAUGUUUAGUAAAAUACAAGUAGAAAAUCCUUCGCAUGGAUUUCAAAUUGAA